CUUGCAGGGACAGCGUCUCGCUUCUCCGACACGUUGCUCUGGCGGCAGUCUUAAACUCUUGGUCUGGUGGCUUCACAUUUUGCUCUUGUAAACGGAAAAAUGUUAGCUGACGAGACAAUCACGUGCCUGACUUUCUGUGGCUUGUCUGCUAAAAAGGUUCUAGUUCCCGGAAGCUUGAAGCUCGCUGAUUUAAAGAUAGUCUUGAAAGCACACCCGGAUUUCAAUGACAUCAGAGACGACACCAUUCUGCAGAUUAAGGACAAAGACUUCGACGAGUAUGUGGACAUUGAGGACAACAGGAUUCUGGAUGAUAAAUCCAAGAUCAUUUAUCCUCAAUGUAUGGUGACUCAAGCGGGGAAUUUCAAUGACAAGACCUGCACUGCUGUCGUGGAGCCAGUAGCACCGUCGUCAGGUGUCCUGACGGCGGUGACCACAGCAAUUACACCGAUAAUUUCCCCAGUGGCAACGCAGGGCUCUGCUCUGCUCCAGUAGGGACCCGAAGGCGUACA